AUGCAGGCCCCGCACAAGGAACACCUGUACAAGCUGCUGGUGAUCGGCGACCUGGGUGUGGGCAAGACCAGCAUCAUCAAGCGCUACGUGCACCAGAACUUCUCCUCGCACUAUCGGGCCACCAUUGGUGUGGAUUUCGCAUUGAAGGUGCUCCACUGGGACCCGGAGACCGUAGUGCGCUUGCAACUCUGGGACAUUGCAGGUCAAGAGAGAUUUGGAAACAUGACAAGAGUCUAUUACCGAGAAGCUAUGGGAGCAUUCAUUGUCUUCGAUGUCACCAGGCCAGCCACAUUUGAAGCAGUGGCAAAAUGGAAAAAUGAUUUAGACUCAAAGUUAACUCUCCCUAAUGGUAAGCCAGUGUCAGUGGUCUUGUUGGCCAACAAAUGUGACCAGGGAAAGGACGUGCUUGUGAACAAUGGACUCAAGAUGGACCAGUUCUGCAAGGAGCAUGGCUUCGUAGGAUGGUUUGAAACCUCAGCCAAGGAAAACAUAAACAUUGAAGAAGCUUCCAGAUGCCUGGUCAAGCACAUUCUUGCAAACGAGUGUGACCUCAUAGAGUCCAUAGAACCGGACAUUGUGAAGCCCCACCUUACCGCGCCCAAGGUUGUCAGCUGCUCUGGCUGUGCCAAAUCCUAA